AUGGUAUUUUCAAUUAAACAUGGAGAACCAAAUUUAUACAUCGGACAAACACAAAUAGAUCGAUUAUUUGGUAAAACUCCAAUACAUAAAGAAUCGGAUGAACACAUGCAAGUAUGUGGAAUAGUACAGUAUCGUCCAGACCAUCCUUGAUUACAAUGACAAAACGUAGUACCUUUAGGAUCUUGUGAAUAUCUGAUACAUUGACCAUGUCUACAUGGUUGAUUUGCACAAGUUUGAAUAUUAUUGUCUAUGCGUGGAAUGGACAACUGAACAGCAAUACGAUGUACAGGCAGAAAAGGAAACUUAAUUGGCACAAGAAAGCUUCCUCGAUAAGUUAAUGAAAUCGUUUCAUAGA